CGAAGGAGAGGGGGGGGGGGAUGCUGGGCUUAAAAAGCGGCUGCGCUGCAGAGCCUCUCGCAGCUGGAAAGAGUGGCGUCUCCCAGAGAUCUUGGCAGAGCAGCGUGUGCCAUUUUUCCUGACGAAAACCCAGCCAAGAUGUGGAUGGUUUCGCCCCCCUCCGAUGAAGAAUCUCAGGACCUUUCCGGGAUUCGGAAAGACGACCAGGGCAGGGUGCUAAACAUACUAGUCUUUUCCACUACACCAAGAAGCUCUUCCUGAGCGAACAGGCUGGCCGGGCGCAAGCUGUAGAGUUCAUGCGCAAGAAUGUGGCCAACUUCCUCUCCAUAGCGAACCUCGUGGUCGGCCUCUCCUCCGUCCUCUGCAGCCUCAACGGCCAUUACCAUUAUGCCUGCUGGUUGAUCCUCUCCGGAUUCUUGUUGGAUCUUGCAGAUGGAGCUGUGGCCAGACAGCUCAAUGCUUGCUCCGCUCUGGGGGCCAAGCUGGACGACUUUGCUGACUUCACCUCCUUCGGUCUGGCCACUGGUUUGCUCCUCCAGGCCCGGGGUAUCCUGGAUGGGCUGCUGGUCAUUGUCUACGUCUUGGCCGUCUUCACCCGCCUCUGCUUCUUCUCCAGUGGUGUGCCCUUCAUGUACCGCGGCCUGCCUUGCCCCUACGGUGCCUCCGUCCUGGCGGCCACCUACCUCCUGACUGGGGGCAACCUGCUGGUCCUGCGCAUUGUGGCCAUGGUCAUGAUGCUCUUCAUGGUGGACCAGGGGUUCUACCCUCACGACAAGGUCCUGGAGUCCCAGCCCUGGAAGAAGGCCGUCUACGCAGGGGGUGUCUUGAUGGUCCUCUUUUCGGCCUCCUCCUUGGCCUCCCUUUACUACCUGGUGUGGUCCACCUCGUACAUCAUCUUCCCUUCAGCCUUGUGGAGUUACAAAGUCUAACCUCUCUCGAAGGAGGAGCAAAAGAACAAGGACUCGAAUACCCAUCAUGCGCCGCUGUUCCGAAAAGCAACCAACGCAAGGGACCAAACGAGUGGCCGUUAACACCUCCGCUGUUGCCUAAAACCGUACUAAUGCUUUCCAUCCUUCAGACCGUGACGGUGGUGCCGGGUGUGUGUGUGUAUUGCUUUUUCACACAUCCUGCAAUAUUCGUUCUCCAUCUAUUCGUCCCUCGAGGAGCCCAGCGGCUGGCUUUGACACUCCCGGCCUCAUUGUUCGAUGUAGAUAAAACAUGUACAGAAAUCUUUAUAUCUAGAGAGACUUGUAUAAAAAUAUGCUGUAUAGAUCCGAAGAGGAGGAAAAUCCAAUUUUAGAUUUUUACUCUUUUAAAAUUUUUUUUCCAGAUUGACAUGUGGGGCAGGUGGUUAAUUCUACAGAAAGGAUGCAGCAUGAGUUCUCUCUCUCCUGACAGUUUAUUGGGGCAGAUUCUUGACAUCUUUCUGCAGUUUGGCUCUGAAAGUUUGAUAGUCACACACAAUUUCUGUUGAGAAAUGCUGGCCGAGAAUAGGAUGACGAUGCAGGACUUUGUGGGACCAAAAAAGACAUCGCCUUCAGGGUGGAGAAUUUGUUCUGGGUCUCAAGACCUUAACCGGAGUCUCCAUCCAUCCCAAACACACGACAUGCGCAAAAUUGUUGUGCGUGUUGCUUUGUAGAUUGUGUCAUGUGUGGCUUCAGUCUUUGGAGGUCUUCUCACUUCCUGUGGUCCCUCCAAGUGCUGGUAAAGGAAGAGUCAAACACUUUGUGGGUACGAUUUCGAGCAACCUUGGCAUUACAGCCGUCCAAACUGACCGCUUAGGUAGUCCAUCUUCGGAGGUCUCCUCACUUCCUGUGGUCCUUCCAAGUGUUGGUCAAGCUGGCUGUCAGACUGUAGGAUCUAUAUAGCAAUAUUAAAUAACCACUCACAAGCCGUUUUGCUUUGAAAUGGAUAUAUUGCUUGUAUCUCUGCAGCAAAGAAAGACUCUACUGACUUUUUCCCACCACCACUUUCUUUUAUACACCUUUCCUGCCCAUCUCCCUCUCCUCUCAGUUUCCUUAUUAGAACUUGUUGCUUCACAAGUUCCAAUACAAGGUUUCCAGUGCCCUCUCCUGGCUUCAAAAUGUCACAGAGACAGAAUUGAUUCAGCCAGGAUGAUUCAGUCAGGAUGUCAUGGAGGGAAUUUGUGAUGUCUUCAUGCCUUCAGAAAUUGACUCCUGACAACAGCAAAGGAAGUCAGACACUUUGUGGGUACGACUUCAAGCAUUAUGAGCCGUCCAGUUUACCGCUUUGGUAGUCCCUUUAAACUAUGAAGUGUGUAUGAGGUGGGUUUUCCAUCCCGGAAUAAUGUUUAUUACUGGAUCAAGCCCUAAUUUGCUUGUUUUUAACACAGAGAGAGUCCAAACUCUCAUGUCAGGGAAUACAGUUGGUUUUAUUUGGUUUACCAGUGACGAUAGUGAAAUAAUAUCUUUUUCCUCCUGUCGCUGUUUGCAAAUGCUAUUAUUGUUCUGCCUAUAGUUGUAUGACAGGUACGGAGAGGAACAUAUACUGUGUCUUGUUCGAACAAGGAUACUUGAAAUUAAUGCUCUUGUGUUUUGGGAAAUAAAGUUUUAAAACUGACAAGAAAA